UUCGACAACAGUUGACUCGAAGAGCAUUCAGGUGUUUAAAGAGGAAGCCUUCAAAGCCUUCAUUUUGCACGAUUUCGAAACCGCAGUCGAAAAGUUUUCCGAAGCCUCCGAACUCAUGCAAGUUGGUCAAUUUUAUGGAACAGAGUCGGAAGAGUAUGCUGAAGCUCUGUAUAAUUAUGGACACGCUUUACUCGAAAAUUUCAGAACCCAGUCCACCGCCCUUGGACCUCAAGCAAUCCCACAGGAGCCCACCACCGAGAUACCAGUUGAAACCUCCCAGGUUAGCUCCUCCAAUUUUGUCUUCGAAGGAGAUUCUGACAGUGAAGAACAUCUCGAUAACGGGAACGAGAUCGUUGAUCAAGUUGAAACAACAACCACAAUGGAAUCAUCCGAAGAACAGACGGAUGACCUGAGUCUCGCGUGGGAAGUACUAGAAUAUUCUCGAGAUAUAUAUUCGCAGAUUUCAAGCGAAUCUGCGAAAAGGAACCUUGGCGAAGUAUAUAUAAAGUUGGGUGAUGUGUCCCUUGAGAAUGAAAAGUUUGACCAGGCUGCGAUUGAUUACAGAGAAGGACUCAUAAUCAAGAAAGAGACUCUUUCCGAGGAUAAUCGACAAAUAGCAGAAGCAUAUCCUUACUCUUUGGCGCUCGAAUCGAUCCCUGACGCGAAUAAUCAAGACGAGGCCAUUAAACACGUGCAGGAAGCAAUAGGAGUGUUGCAAAAACGCAAGGAAAUCUUACAAAAUAGAUUGUCCGAAUAUCAAGAAUCAUUUGGAAAGGGUAAGAAAGUAGCGACUACCGAGGAUCCAGCAGUGGCUAUUGACAAAGAAAUGAAAGAUAUCGAUGAAUUAUUGGUAGACAUGAAUUCGAAGGUGGAAGAUAUUAAGGCAUCGAUUAACCAGGAACAAAAAUCACUUAAUCCUAGUGAAUUAGCGCUUGAGGAGUACGUGAAGUCGAUGUCCUCUUCGGCCCUAUCUGAAUUAGCGUCAGAAGCAAUAAAAGCCUCAUCAACGAAUGACAUAAAACAAGUGAACGAUGUUACAUCGUUGAUUAAGAGAAAGGGGGCCUCUAAUUCCGAUGAGGUUACCGACAGUGCCACCGAUAUGAUUGUUGAUAGCAAUGUAUCUGAUCAAAUACAGCAAAAUGAGAAGAAACGCAAAGCAGAAGUUAAAUCUGAAGGUGAUGAAGGAAGUGAAGAUAAUAUGAACAAGAAAGUUAGACAAGUUCCCUAA